CAGAUUGUUUAGUUGGGUGGUUUCAUCGGGUGGUCUGGUUCAUCCAUCCCAAUUGCUUGAACCUUGAUCAUGAGGUGGGCGUGUGUGGCUUGAUCCGUGAUGGCCAGUUGUGUGGGCGUGUUGUCUUGGAGUAACUCGCCGUUGUUCGUGCGCUCGAGCGAUAGCGAGCGCCAAUUGGCCGACCAAUACGCCUUGCACACUUCGCUGGACGUGAUUGAAGAGAAGACCAGUUCGAGCUUGACCUUACACGCAGUGGCCAAUAAGAAGGUCAUCGAGCAACAGACCCGCGAACUCUACUUGGGCGUACUCUUUGCCACGGAGAAGCAAAAGGUUUUUGGCUAUGUGACCAAUACGCGGAUCAAGUUCAUUAUCAUUGUGGAUGCGUCAAAUGUGGGCUUGCGCGAUAACGAGAUCCGGCAAAUGUUCCGCAAGCUUCACACGGCUUACACGCAAUUGCUCUCCAAUCCGUUCUACACUCCGGGUGAGCCCAUUGAAUCGCAGAAAUUCGGUCAAAUUGUCCAAGGUCUCAUGGCUCGAACCUGAAAA